AUGGGUUGCGGAGGAUCCAAAGUCGAUGACCAACCGCUUGUGAUUCUCUGUAGAGAGAGGAAAGAACUGAUCAAAGCGGCGUCGUAUCACCGCUCUGCUUUAGCCGCUGCUCACCUCGCUUACUUCCAGUCUCUCUGCGACGUCGGAGAGUCUAUUAAGCGUUUCGUCGACGAGGAGUUAGUCGUCGCUGGCUCUAACUCUUCGCCGGACUCGCCGGUUCUUACUCUGCCUUCCGACGAAGGGAAGAAGAAUCACAAGAUCUCGUCUUCUUCAACCUCUGUUUCACACUCUGUUGUUGAAGAAGAAGAGGGAGAUGAUGAUGGGGAAGGCUCGCAUUUGCAUUUAUCGUCUGGAUCUGAGUUCGAUGAUUCGGGAUCGGAAUCUGGAUCUGAUGAUUCAUCAGGUCAUCAUAUCCACAUUGAAUCCACCCCUAAAGUGGUAAAGGAACAACCUUUACCGGUAACUUAUCCUCCCGGUUACCCGCCAAGUUACCCACCAAAUUACCCGCCGGGAUAUCAACCGGGUUACUCCUCCGGGUACCAGGAUCCGGUUGAAGGUUGGGGCUUUAUGGGAGAAAACCCGAAUCCAAACCCGAACCCGUAUCAUCAAGGAACGUAUUUUAUGAAGAAGUCUGCGCCACCGUCUCGUCCGGUAGUGUUUCAGCCGGAGAAUCAUCAAGUGGAGAAUGGUUUUGGAUACUCUAAUGCUGGUUAUUAUGGUUACCCUGAGCAACAACGUAGAGCGCCGCCGUCUCCACCGCGGCCUCCUCCGUCUCCUCCUAGGGUUUCCACUUGGGACUUUUUGAAUGUGUUUGAUACUUAUGAUUACAAUAGAGCUGGAGCUGGUGAAAGUUCUGGGUAUUAUCCGGCUGCUACUAGUGGAGUUAAGUCUAGUUCAAGCAGUCUUGACUCGAGGGAAGUGAGAGAGAGGGAAGGGAUUCCUGAGUUGGAAGAUGAAACAGAGCAAGAGACGUUGAAACAGUUGAAGAGGAAAGGCGUUGAGAAGAUGAAAGAACAUAUACCUGAGAACGAGCCUAUCAACGAGAGGAAGAUCAAGAAGAGAGGAGACUCCGGUGAAGGAACUUCUAGGGAAGUGCCUAUGGUAGAGAGCUCUUUUAGUUCGAAGACAGUUUCUUCGUUUACGAGUAGUGAAGAAGGAUCUGAGUUUCACCAUGUUAAUGAAGGAGAGGAGAGGAGUAGCAGUCACGGGCAUGAGACUGUUGCGAGGAAGAGCGUUGGAGAAGUAGUAGAGGAAGAGUAUGUGAGGAAGAAAGGAGUGAGUUUUGAGUUGGAGGAGAAUAUAGCAGCGACUUCUUUUGAUGUUGAGUCUUCUAAGAUAAGUAGCUUGUCUGCAUUAUCAGUUCAUGCAACUAGAGAUCUUAGAGAAGUUGUGACGGAGAUCAAGAGUGAGUUUGAGGUUGCUUCUUCACAUGGUAAGGAAGUGGCUGUGUUGCUUGAGGUUAGCAAGUUACCUUAUCAGCAGAAAACCUCUGGCCUUAAAGUUAUCUUCUCUCGGAUCAUGUACCGGGUAGCACCAUCCACAGUAUCAUCACGCUCUCAGCCACAACCACCAAUACGGUUAACAUCAAGGAUACUGAAAAUAGCAAAAACAUACAAUGUUCAGGAUGUUCCAGAAGGCUUCACUGCAAACCUCUCAUCAACCUUGGAGAAACUCUACGCCUGGGAAAAGAAACUGUACAAGGAAGUCAAGGAUGAAGAGAAGCUUCGAGUAAUCUAUGAAGAAAAAUGCAAAACGCUGAAGAAACUAGAUAGUCUUGGUGCAGAAUCUAGCAAGAUUGAUACUACUCGUGCUGCCAUUAGAAAGCUACUAACCAAACUCGAUGUCUGCAUAAGAUCCGUUGAUUCCAUUUCAAGUAGGAUACAUAAACUUAGAGAUGAAGAGUUGCAGCCACAACUCACUCAACUGAUUCACGGGUUGAUAAGAAUGUGGAGAUCAAUGCUAAAGUGCCACCAGAAGCAGUUCCAAGCCAUCAUGGAGAGCAAAGUACGAUCUCUCAGAGCAAACACCGGCGCCUUACAAAGAGACUCAGGUCUUAAAGCGAUUCUUGACCUUGAGAUGGAGCUAAGAGAAUGGUGCAUUAGCUUCAACGACUGGGUCAACACUCAGAAACUAUACGUGGAGUCUCUAAACGGUUGGCUCUCAAGAUGUCUUCACUACGAACCUGAGUCAACAGAGGACGGUGUAGCCCCCUUCUCUCCAAGCCGUGUUGGAGCUCCACACGUGUUCGUUAUCUGCAAAGACUGGCAAGAAGCAAUGCAGAGAAUCUCAGGAGAUAACGUCACAAACGCCAUGGAAGGCUUUGCAACGAGUUUACAUGAGCUGUGGGAGAGACAAGACGAGGAGCAAAGGCAGAGAGUGAAAGCAGAGUACGUCUCUCAUGAUUUCGAGAAACGGUUGAAUGAUCUUAGGAUGGAGAGGGCGAGGGUGAGGAUGAGAAACGAGCAGUUACAAGACGGUGGUGCCUCGGAGAGAAGCGUGGUCUUGUCUGAGAGUGGGGUCUCGGCGCUGGAUGAUUUGAAGGUGGAUUUGGAUUCGAUGAGGAAGAAGCUAGAAGAAGAGAGGGAGAGGCAUAAGGAAACGAUAAAACUAGUGAACAAUGCAGCUUCGAGUAGCUUACAGUCUGGUUUAGUGCCAAUCUUUGAGGCUUUAGGGAAUUUCACAUCACAAGUUGUGAAAGCUCAUGAACAUGUUAGGUUUCAGCCUCAGCCUUCUUCUUCAUGAAAAGGCUUGAGGGGUUUAAUUUUGCAUCAGAAAAAAAUUUUGGUAAUGGAAAAAUUAGAUUCGGCUUAGAAAAAAUUGUUUGUAUAUGUUUUAUCUCCAUUAAUUAAAUAUUCAUUGAUUGGUUGAUUUUACUUGCUUUUAGAUUCUCUUUUAAGGUCUCACUAGGAUUAGACCCGCGCCUUGCGCGGAAUGAGAUGAUUAAAUUUGUUGUAUUUUUUGAAGAUAAGAAGACAUUAUAUCUGUUUU